GCAGAGUACAGUAUACUCAAGUUUAAAUAUGUAUCUGAAUCGACAGUCUGCUAUAGACAGAAGUUAAGUUGUCAAGCACACUGCAACCUAGGUUGAUAUAGAUAUAUUCUAGUGCAUCACAAAGAAUCACUAUGGGUAAAGCAAAGAAAACUCGGAAUGCAUCCGUAAAGCGUAUGGUCAGCAAGGCCGAUCCACGUUUAGAGGCAAAUAAGGUCAAAGCGGAAGCGAAGGCUAAAAAACUGGCCAAAGCAGAGGAACCUCGGAAAGUAGUACAAGCAUCUACAGCCCUAUUUUUCCACUACAAUCAAUCGCUGGGCCCCCCUUUCCACAUACUUUUAGAUACAAAUUUCAUUAAUUUCUCGAUACAAAACAAGAUGGAAAUCGUGCAGAGUGCAAUGGAUUGCUUAUACGCCAAAUGCGUACCUUGUAUAACCGACUGCGUGCUGGCGGAGUUGGAAAAAUUGGGAUCUAAGUAUAGAGUAGCGUUGAGAAUCGCCAAGGACCCCAGGUUUAAGAAACUGAGAUGUAUACACAAGGGAACAUAUGCCGAUGACUGUUUGGUGGACAGGGUGAUGCAGCACAAAUGUUUCAUAGUGGCUACAUGUGAUAAAGAUCUCAAGCGACGACUGAGGAAGGUUCCGGGAGUUCCCAUUAUGGGUAUAACACAGCGCAAAUAUAAUGUGGAACGGAUGCCGGACUCCAACUUCCAGGGGACGCGAUAGUUGUGCCUGUAUAUCGUCUGCAGAUCAUCAACCGAGUCCUAAACACGGAUUGGCACUGAACACUCGCUUAGAAGACACACCCACUACCGAGCUUAUAAGUACAUCUAUGCGAGAAGUGAACAGACGAGUUCGGCCACGAGUGGUGGUGUGACUUGUGUCACAUAACAUAACAUGCGCAGGACUGGCAUCACAUAGACCACUUGCAGAGGCUGCUUUGACAGUGAGAUGACAGUGACGGUCAGCGUAAGGGAUGGGCGACGGGACGUCCAAGCCGGCAUCCCAGUACAGCAGUGUGGUACAUCUCUUAUUGUGGAUGUGAGUGACAGAGAAAGGGAUCGGAGUGUACGCUAGGAUGCUUGUGGCACCCAUCCCCCCCAUUCUCAACUUCUAUCUACCAGAAUGCAGACCGAGUAUCUUAACACCAACAUUUAGAUAGUGUAUAUAAAUAAACCAUCUUUAGCAUC